UGAUUUGGAUAACACACAGAAGACACACAUCAUCCAAUCAUCGAAUCUUCUCGUUCCACAAUCUGCUUAGAGAGAGAAAAUGUCAGUAGCAUCAUAUUCUUCUUCAAUCCCAUAUAUCAUCAGAAUCUCAUCAAACUCAUCAUCAACAUCUUCCUCGACUUCUUCAUAUUCUUCAAUCCCAUGUAUCAGAUUCUCUGCAACUAAGCCUUCCAUUUUCACCAUUAGGAGCUCCCAAACCGAAGGCCCUCUCCGGAGACCGGUGGCUACUCCGCCUCUCAAACCAGUCCCACCGUCGCCUCCGCCCCCUUCGCCAGCCCCUCCCCUGCCGAAGGCGGCCGAGGGCAAGAGUGUAAUAACCAUGGAGUUCCAGAGGCAAAAGGCUAAGGAGCUUCAGGAGUAUUUUAAGCAGAAGAAGCUUGAGGAAGCCAAUCAAGGCCCAUUCUUUGGUUUCAUUGGCAAGAACGAGAUUUCUAAUGGCAGAUGGGCAAUGUUCGGCUUUGCUGUUGGGAUGCUAACAGAGUAUGCAACAGGCUCGGACUUCGUUGAACAAGUAAAGAUCCUACUCUCCAAUUUCGGGAUAGUAGACCUGGAAUGACUCUUCUGCUUGAUUAACUCCCUCUAUACUCUGCUUUCUGCAAUUGUUGUUGUCAUAUACAGUGUUCAACUUUUCAGAGUAUAUUGUUCAAUUUCAUUUGCAUAAAUCACAUGAUUGAAAAAUUAUGCAUCCCCAUAUAUCUUUUAAAUUUCAGGAAUAAGAGAAGAAUGUUCGUUUUUGCCGUA